UCGGAAAAGGGGAAAAAAAAAAAACCCUAGCUGGCUACCAAGGUGAACCCUGAAUGGUUCCCACCUUAAAAUCGGCCCUGCUCGUGACGUCAGGUCGGAAAUAUACCAAAGCGAGCGCCGGCCAGGAGUCUGGGGAGCGCGGCGGCUCGGCGAUUGGGCGGCAGGCCGCUGACGCGCGCUGACGCGCGGAGACUUUAGGUGAAUGUUGGCAGCGGCAGCGCGAGCCACAUAAACAAAGGCACAUUGGCGGCCAGGGCCAGUCCGCCCGGUGGCUCGCGCUAGGCUCCGCGGUCCCGCUCGCCUGCCCAGCCGCCGCCUUCCCCUGCUCCCUCCCCGCUCUCGGCACCUCCGUUCCCUUCGCCCCUCUCGCCCACCCCUCCCCGACCCUGCCACCCCGACUCCCGGAGGGAACUACACUUUGGCCGAGUUGAAUGAAUGAAGAGAGACACGGAGAAGUCCUAAGUUCUCUGGAAGUGGGCGCCGAAGGCGCGGAGCGCGAGUGGGGCCGGAGGAUGGGGAGUAGGUGUGCGCAGCUACAGAGGGCAUUUGUCGGAACUCCUGCUUUGCCACCCAACAGAGGCUUCCAGGCUCCUCAUUGGUGGACGUGAAAGGGAGGCUUGCACAGUUUCGGGAGCUGCGGACUUAACACGCGGAAAUGGAGGAGAUCUGCCAGGCUGGGCUCUCCACUGCUUUUCUAAAAAUCUUGGAAACUUUGUCCUUCAUUGAAUUACGACACUGUCCACCUUUAAUUUUCUCGAAAACGCCUGUAACUCAGCUGAAGCCAUGCCUUGUGUUCAGGCGCAGUAUGGGUCCUCGCCUCAAGGAGCCAGCCCCGCUUCUCAGAGCUACAGUUACCACUCUUCGGGAGAAUACAGCUCCGAUUUCUUAACUCCAGAGUUUGUCAAGUUUAGCAUGGACCUCACCAACACUGAAAUCACUGCCACCACUUCUCUCCCCAGCUUCAGUACCUUUAUGGACAACUACAGCACAGGCUACGACGUCAAGCCACCUUGCUUGUACCAAAUGCCCCUGUCCGGACAGCAGUCCUCCAUUAAGGUAGAAGACAUUCAGAUGCACAACUACCAGCAACACAGCCACCUGCCCCCCCAGUCCGAGGAGAUGAUGCCGCACUCCGGGUCGGUUUACUACAAGCCCUCCUCUCCCCCGACGCCCACCACCCCGGGCUUCCAGGUGCAGCACAGCCCCAUGUGGGACGACCCAGGCUCCCUCCACAACUUCCACCAGAACUACGUGGCCACCACGCACAUGAUUGAGCAGAGGAAAACGCCGGUCUCCCGCCUCUCCCUCUUCUCCUUUAAGCAGUCGCCCCCCGGCACCCCCGUGUCUAGCUGCCAGAUGCGCUUCGACGGGCCCCUGCACGUCCCCAUGAACCCGGAGCCGGCGAGCAGCCACCACGUGGUGGACGGGCAGACCUUCGCUGUGCCCAACCCCAUCCGAAAGCCCGCGUCCAUGGGCUUCCCCGGCCUGCAGAUCGGCCACGCGUCGCAGCUGCUCGACACGCAGGUGCCCUCGCCGCCGUCGCGGGGCUCCCCUUCCAACGAGGGGCUGUGCGCCGUGUGCGGCGACAACGCGGCCUGCCAGCACUACGGCGUGCGCACCUGUGAGGGCUGCAAAGGGUUCUUUAAGCGCACGGUGCAAAAAAACGCGAAAUACGUGUGUUUAGCAAAUAAAAACUGCCCAGUGGACAAGCGGCGCCGGAAUCGCUGUCAGUACUGCAGAUUUCAGAAGUGCCUUGCUGUUGGGAUGGUCAAAGAAGUGGUUCGCACAGACAGUUUAAAAGGCCGGAGAGGUCGUUUACCUUCGAAACCGAAGAGCCCACAGGAGCCCUCUCCCCCCUCGCCCCCGGUGAGUCUGAUCAGUGCCCUCGUCAGGGCCCAUGUCGACUCCAACCCGGCUAUGACCAGCCUGGACUAUUCCAGGUUCCAGGCGAACCCUGACUAUCAGAUGAGUGGAGAUGACACCCAGCAUAUCCAGCAGUUCUAUGAUCUCCUGACUGGCUCCAUGGAGAUCAUCAGGGGCUGGGCGGAGAAGAUCCCGGGCUUCGCUGACCUGCCCAAAGCCGACCAGGACCUGCUUUUCGAAUCGGCUUUCUUAGAACUAUUUGUGCUGAGAUUAGCAUACAGGUCCAACCCAGUGGAGGGUAAACUCAUCUUUUGCAAUGGGGUGGUCUUGCACAGGUUGCAAUGCGUUCGUGGCUUUGGGGAAUGGAUUGAUUCCAUUGUUGAAUUCUCCUCCAACUUGCAGAAUAUGAACAUCGACAUUUCUGCCUUCUCCUGCAUUGCUGCCCUGGCUAUGGUCACAGAGAGACACGGUCUCAAGGAACCCAAGAGAGUGGAGGAGCUGCAAAACAAGAUUGUAAAUUGUCUCAAAGACCAUGUGACUUUCAAUAAUGGGGGCUUGAACCGCCCCAACUAUUUGUCCAAACUGUUGGGGAAGCUUCCAGAACUCCGUACGCUUUGCACGCAGGGGCUACAGCGCAUUUUCUACCUGAAACUGGAAGAUUUGGUACCACCACCAGCAAUAAUUGACAAACUUUUCCUGGACACUUUACCUUUCUAAGACCUCCUUCCAUGCACUUCAAAGAAACUGGAAAGAAACCUAAAACUGUCCAGAGGGGGCAAGUCACAAGGGCAGAGAGAUCCCCCUGAGCUGCCUCAGCUCUAGCCGGCCCCCACCCCUUCCAUACACCUUGGCCCUUGAUCUCUAAAGAAAACAAACAAACAAACAACAACAAAAGCAAAAACUGUUACUAUUUCCUAACCUGCAGGCAGAACCUGAAAGGGCAUUUUGGCUCCGGGGCAUCCUGGAUUUAGAACACGGACUACACACAAUACAGUGGUAUAAACUUUUUAUUAUCAGUUUAAAAAUCAUUUUAUUGUUCAGAAGAAAGCUUCUUAAUGUAUGACGGAAAAGAUUUGGCCAUGUUUGGUUGUUGCAGUUAAGACAAAUGUAAUACACAUAGACACAUACACACACACACCCACAUUGUAAGGGGACCCACAAGUAUUGCCCUUUAAAAGACUUCAAAGUUUUCUGCUGUAAAGAAAGCUGUAAUAUAUAGUAAAACUAAAUGUUGCGUGGGUGGCAUGAGUUGAAGAAGGCGAAGGCUUGUAAAUUUACCCAAUGCAGUUUGGCUUUUUAAAUUAUUUUGUGCCUAUUUAUGAAUAAAUAUUACAAAUUCUAAAAGAUAAGUGUGUUUGCAAAAAAAAAGAAAAAAGAAAUAACCACAAAAAAGGGACAAGCAUGUUGAUUCUAGGUUGAAAAUGUUAUAGGCACUUGCUACUUCAGUAAUGUCUAUAUUAUAUAAAUAGUAUUUCAGACACUAUGUAGUCUGUUAGAUUUUAUAAAGAUUGGUAGUUAUCUGAGCUUAAACAUUUUCUCAAUUGUAAAAUAGGUGGGCACAAGUAUUACACAUCAGAAAAUCCUGACUAAAGGGACACAUAGUGUUUGUAACACCGUCCAACAUUCCUUGUUUGUAAGUGUUGUAUGUACCGUUGAUGUUGAUAAAAGAAAGUUUAUAUCUUGAUUAUUUUGUUGUCUAAAGCUAAACAGAACUUGCAUGCAGCAGCUUUUGACCGUUUCCAGAGUGCUUAUAAUAUACAUAACUCCCUGGAAAUUACUGAGCACUUUGAAUUUUUUUGUUUUUUGUUUUAAUGUCUAAGAUUGUCAGUUAAUAUAUUAUUUUAUGUUUGAGUAAGAAUUUUAAUAUUGCCAUAUUCUGUAGUAUUUUUCUUUGUAUAUUUCCAGUAUGGCACACGAUAUGAGUCACUGCCUUUUUUUCUAUGGUGUAUGACAGUUAGAGACGCUGAUUUUUU